GGCGAUGUCCGAGGAGGCGAGCAGGAGCAGGGUGCUGGUGGUCGGCGCCACCGGCCGCCUCGGCGGCAGCCUCGUGCGCGCGAGCAUCGCCUUCGGCCACCCCACCUUCGCGCUCGUCCGCCCCCACCACUUCGCCCUCCCCGACUCCGCUCCCCUCAAGCCGCUCGCCGCCGCCGGCGCGAUGCUCCUCAAGGGGGCUCUGGAAGAUUACCCGAGCUUGCUAGAGGCUGUGCGGCAGGUGGAUGUGGUCAUCUGCGCGGUGCCGACUAAGCACGCGCUCGAGCAGAGGCCUCUGAUUCGGGCUAUAAAGGAAGCUGCGUGCGUUAAGAGAUUUAUCCCGGCAGAAUUUGGAGUUGAUCACACAAAGAUACAAAUUUGUGACAUGGACCAUGGUUUCUAUGAGAAGAAAGCUGAAAUCCGUCGUUUAAUUGAGAGUGAAGAUAUUCCUCACACAUACGUGUACUGCAACUUCCUCAUGCGCUAUUUGCUUCCUUCACUGGUGCAGCCGGGUCUACAUGCUCCUCCAAGAGAUGAAGUUAUGAUAUUUGGUGGAGGAAAUACUAAAGGUAUCUUUGUUGAAGAGAGUGAUGUAGCUAAAUUUACAGUGUGUACCAUAGACGACCCGAGAACAAUGAAUAAGUCUAUGUAUCUGAGACCUCCGGGAAAUGUCUACUCACUGAAUGAAUUGGUUGGCCUCUGGGAGACAAAAAUCAACAAACACCUAAAGAAGAUACAUAUAACAGAAGAGCAACUGCUUAAAAACAUCCAUGAUGCACCGUUUCCCUUGAAAAUGGAUUUGAUAUUUAUCUAUUCAGCUUUUGUUAAGGGUGACCACACACAUUUUGAAAUUGACUCGAGAACUGAAGGAACUCAACUGUAUCCUAGUGUAAAGUAUAUCACAGUGAAUGAAUAUUUGGAUACACUAGUUUAGAAUGUUGGAUUGAUCUGUAUGUUGCUCAUAAAUAACAUCAUUCGUUUCAAAUGGCGUUUCAAUGAAUAAGUUUCAGUUACUUGUGCUCGGUUAAUUCAAA